AUGUCGCUGCCGCGCUGGCGCUUCCGGCGAUUAGUCGUCUUAGCAUCUGCCCUGGCUUUUACUUUUAUUUGCGCAGUCCAAUGGUCUUAUGCUGAAACUCCGAGUGGAGGGCAGGGUUAUCCCUUUCUUUCUGAAUACGUACAAGCCCACACGGGAAAAGGCGGAGCAUGGCAUAUCCCCGAAGAAUGGAUGGAAGAUCGGGCUUCUCGACCCGAGACAAUCGUGGACGCAGCAAAACUAGCCACACAAAGAGCAAGCUUGUCGGCUCAGAGAAAGAUACCCCAUUCUGAGAUCCCACUUAUCGUCCAUCAAACGUGGAAAAAUACCCAAGUUGGGACAUGGUCGCCGUUGAUGCGCCAAAGCGCGACACGAUGGCUCGAGGCAGUCGAGGAAGGCAGAAUGGCCUACUUUCUCUGGGACGAUGAGGGGGUCGCACAAUUUGUCAAAUAUUUCGAGCCUGAGCUGGAGGAGCAGUUUUACUCUCUUCCUAGCAAUGUGGAAAGGUCUGAUGUGUUUCGUGUCUUGGUAGCGAAAUGGAUAGGUGGGAUUUACGGCGACAUGGACACCGAACCACUUCGAAACCCCUCAUCUUGGAUUACGACCGACGAUCUCCGCGAUUGGGAGGAUACAGAGACAAAUCAGGUAUAUGGGCCAGCUGGCCCGAUACGCGCGAUCGUGGGUCUUGAAGCCGACUGUCCGCCAGAGAGCGAUGCAUACUGGCGCAUGGGCUACGCCGAGCCUGUUCAGCUUACACAGUGGUCACUCGCGGCUGCGCCAGGACAUCCCAUCUUACAAAUAUUCCUCGAUCACCUCUCUGCUAGUCUCGAGAAUACGACGUCUAGAAAGGGCAGUCAGAUACAUUCUCUAACGGACCAGGCGACGCUGCGGAGUAUAGAUCCCCUCCUCCUUACGGGGCCCGCAGCGUUUACAGAAUCCGUGAAGGCAUGGCUGGCAACAACUACUGGGCUGCGAUGGAAUGCUCUGUCUGGAUUGACUGAUGGAGGGCAAAGUAAGGUUGUCGGAGAUAUCUUGGUGCUCCCAAUUACUGGAUUUAGGUACGUUGUGGCUCGUCUGCCAUCGUUGUGUUCUGGUACUGAUAGGAACAGCCCGGGGAGAGGCACAUACGGAAAUAUGGGCUCGAAGUCCGUCGAGGACCCUUCUGCACGCCUGUUACAUCACGCACAGGGAUCAUGGAGAAAAACUGAUGUUGUGGUUGAAUUCGGAAAAUUUUGUCGCACGGCCUUUGGCCUAUGCAGGGACUGGUCAAAAGUUUCCUAUUCUGCACAGUGA